CUUUAUUCUUACUUUCCCUCUCACUCAUUCUCUCUUUAUUCUUCCUCUCCAUCACACUAAUACUCUAACUCAGUCCCACCCGCUCCCUCUCUCUGUCUCUGUCUCUCUCUCUCUGCCUCUCUGUCUCUCUCUCUAUCUAUCUGUCUGUCUGUCUUCAAAGGCAUCAAUUGUCCUUCUUGUCUCUUUCAUCAACAACUAAAAUCUGGUGAUGUUGUCUGCCAGAAUCUAAUAAAAGCUGACAACUCACCAGAAGGAACCGCGCACCAUCCUGUACUUUAAUAACUCUACAAAGACAUUCACUACAACAAACGCUUACGAAAUCACCACAAGCAAAAGAGACACGAUGUCUGUAUCUGUUGCCCUGAAGAACGUCUGCCAGAGAUCUGCGGAAGGACCACAUUGGGAGGAAAGCACCAAAUCCUUGCUGUUUGUUGAUGCAGAAAUUGGAUAUUUACAUAAAUGGAAUUCUGUUGACUACACACACACCAAGUUUAAAUCUGUAGAUGGAUAUGCAAGCUUCAUCAUUCCUCGAGAGUCUGGUGGUUACAUCGUUACCCAUUCAGCCCACCUUGCUGGUUUUGACUGGGAGAGUCAAGAAUUAAAACCUUUAAUCUCAGUAGAAUCCGAUAAACCAGAAAAUGUAUUCAACGAUGGUAAAUGUGACAGUUAUGGCAGACUGUGGACAGGCACAAUGAAGAAAAUCGGGGACAAACUUGAAAUAACUGAAGCUGGACAUCUUUAUCGAAUUGAUAAAGAUCUCUCGAUUAAAGCCAUCAAAGACAAGAUCAAUAUAUCUAAUGGCAUAGCGUGGACAGCAGAUGACAAAACCAUGUUCUACAACCAUACUCUUCCAAGAAAAGUGUUUUCUUAUGACUAUGAUAUAACCACAGGAGAGAUCUCCAGAGAACAAGUGGUUAUCGAUUUUGAAGGCAAAGAACUCCACGAAUUUGGGAUGCCAGAUGGAAUGACAAUUGAUUUAAAUGACAAGAUAUGGCUGGCUUGCUUCUCUAGUGGCAAAGUGUUCCAGAUUGAUCCAGAAACAGGUAAAAUUCUCAAAUCAGUCAAGUUUCCUACACGUCAAGUCACUUCCUGUUGUUUCGGAGGUCCAAACUACGAUGAACUCUACGUGACAUCGAGUGCCAGCCGUUUGACGCAGAAUCAGUUGCAAAAUGAAGAGAAGCUUGCUGGAAGUGUGUUCAAGGUUACCGAGUUGGGGGCAAAGGGUAAAGCAGCUGCUGUCUUUCAGGGAUAGUCUACACCUCUCUCCAAGUAUAUAUGGUAACUGAAAGACCACAGAUGUUAUAAUAAUCAUGUUUUAUCACAGUUGUAUUUUAUGAAAUUAAUAUUGAAAUAAAAGUAAAUUAG